AUGGGCUGUGUGAAAAGCAGACAUAGCAGGGACGGAGACGAUAUCAACAGCUUGGACACAGAGAUAGACGCACAAAUAGCCGCCGACAUAGACGCAGACGCAGACAUAGUCGCACCCAUAUUUCCACACCCAACCGACAGCAACCUCCAAUCUAUCGACAACGUCUCGCCCAAGUGCAUGGAUCCAUCACACGAAAUUGUCAAGAUAGACGGGAGCAUGGACGACAGAACCCUCCAGUCCGUCGAGAAUACCUCGCCCAAGAACAAGAAGGCCACCAUCGCCGCCGCCGCUAUGGCCAUCGACUCAGACCAGAAGAAAUCAACUUCAGGUGGCGAAGUAAAGACCGACGGUGCAACGUCCAACAAGCCGUCCCGGAAGAAGUCCGCUUCGGAUGGCGAAGGAGAGACCAAAGACGCAACCGCUAGCAAACCAGAACCUAGCGAGAUUCCGGGUGGCGUAGUGAACACCAAGACCACGAGCGACGACCAAGCCGCCAAAGAUCGCAUAGACAGUAAAGCCCAGGACCAGGACAAUAAGGACCGCAUGGAGAUCGAUGACCCAGCUCCCAGCGUUCUCAAGUCUGACCUCGCGAAGGAAUUGGAGGCAGAAACCGCAGAGACCUCCAACACCACGGCAGAUACAAGCAACCAGACAGCCAACGAGGAAGGCACCAGCGAUGAAGCCUCCCGCCACUCACCACCCUCAUCUCCUCCAUCCACCCUCAAAACAAAGCUCCUCCACCUCCCCUUCCGCGCCCUCACCCACCCAACCUGGAUCCUCCGAAACCAGCGUCGCAAACGCCACCGCCACCAAACAACCGAAACGCUUCCCCCAACAACAACAACAACAAAAGCCACCCAGUCCCCACCCCAGUCUCCCCUCCCCCGCCUCGAGGACAAAACAAUCUUCUCAAUAACCGACCCACCCCUCGACCCAACGGAUCCCCUAAGCCCUCGCAUCGACCACUGCAUGACUCGUAACCCCCCAGAAGAAUUCAGCGUCCUCGCCCCUCGACCGGCGGCAAAAGACGGAGGGCUGAAAGAUGGAUUGGGGUGGUUACCGUUGAGAUUAUGUCCGUACGGGUGUAAUGCUUUUCCCUACGCGCGGGAAUUCGAGACGGUGGUGGAUGCGCCGCUUUGGGUCGACAGCGGGAAGAAUGAGUGGGAGGUGACUGUGAGGGGGUUUUUGGGGAACUGGGGGGUGGAGUACGAGGGGGUGGGGGAUAUUUACUACCACACCCACGCCCCCUCCCGCACCCGCGACUGCGACACCCUCGCCUUCGCCCUCGAGAUCCCCAUCCCUCCCAAAAAGCAAGAACAACAGGAAGAGGAGAAUUUCAUCUGGCUGCACCUCAAACCCCGGGACCAAGCCGUGCUACUCCUGACCAGAUGCCUCUUCCACUGGAAAGAUAAUAAGAUAGAUUUCAGCGGUGACGGGGAGAGAUUCGAGCCCGUGUUGACGGUGCUGGAUGUGAGUAAAGGGACAUCGUAUGCGGUGCAGUGGGCUGUGAUGAAGGUGGUGGGGAGGAGUGGGUUGGAAUGGUCAGAUGUCGUGGACGUGAAAUACCACCUCCUAGACCAAGACUGCGAUACCACCUUGAGUCUAGCGGACAAGGACCCGGUACUCCGACCUUUUCACGGUGAGUUGCAGCGGCAGAGCUAG